AAAAAAAAAAGAUACAUAAAGGCUUAGAAAAUAGCAGAAUUUCUUUUUACUUUAAAUGAAUAAAUAUGCAAAUAUCGUGCUCUUUGGCACUGCUUCUGUGGGUCCAGACCAAAGGCCUGCCAUAUCCACGGAGAAAGCUCAAAUCCAACCAGCUGCUGCUGUCCAGCCCUGCUCCUCCCCACGCUCCGCAAGGGCACUUGCUCUUCCCUCUUCUCACCAGAGAGGCACAAGCGCUCCGUCCCUUUCAGAGGCAGGCGGAGGGAAGAGAAAGGGUCUGUUGUUUUUCUCUCCUUGUUUCUCUCUCCCUCACUGCUAAUCACCAAGCUGCUGACCAGGUCAGAAAGCCCUGAUAGAAAAUCUCCAGUGCUGGGCAAGUCCCUCCUUCUCCAGGGAGCUUGUCCUUGACUAAUUUUUCUUUGUCCCAUGGGAAAAAAAAGAGAGAGAGAGAAAGAGAGAGAGAGAGAAAGAAAGAAAAAAGAAAAACCACAAACUUCCUUUGAAAAUUAGCUCGGAGUCAGGGCCUGGAGCGCACGCCCUAGACUCAGCCACUCAGGAAUCCUGAAGACGCUCCGAGCGACCUGGGAGCACCUGGGCUGCACUCCUGCCUGCCUCCACCCUUCUCUGGUGACCCCAGUCGUGGAUGUGAGCCCGGAAGUGGCCACGACCACGCCAGGACAGCUGCUUGUAAACCUGUGUAGACCUGUGUAAGCUCUGGCCUUGACAGCUGGAAGGCAGCUGGGGCUGCGGUAGCCGUAGCGCCCCUCGUUGUAGCCACCUUCCUGACUGAAUAGCCCUUCCGGACCCUCCUCUCAGUCCUGGAACAGCACCCACUUCUUUAAGGGAAGCUGACUCCUUCCAAUGACUUCAAUCCCAUCAGAAUCCUGCCUUUCAACCUGAAAGCCCUGUACCCUCAUUGGUUCCAUGUGGUCACAGCAACUUAGAGGUGAAGAGCUCAGGCUGGGGCCCUUCUGUUUACCCAACUGAGAAAGACAUACACCCUGUAGCCAGGAGUGACUAGAUAGACAUUAUCUAGCCUUCCAUACUAUAGUCCUUUGACAAGACUUUUCUGGAUCUAUUUGCUUUCCAGCCCAAUGACUUUCUUCUUAUUUGAUUGGUCUCUUUUUUACAUACCAAGCCUAGAUUAGGUAACUCCCUGAGGACAGGAAAGUCUUUUGGUGCCCUUCAGUUGACCUAUUCUGACCAUGGAACACCAUCAACCUGAGCAUUCAGCCGCUGGUGAGGGCAGGAUUACAGAAGCAGUCAGCCCUGAAAACCGUGAGGUCCUGUCACAACCGGAUGAGCACCCCCAGGACAAGGAUACUGGAGAUGGGGCAGCUGGAGAACAGGAGCCAGUAGGCCACGCUUUGCUGCUGGCCGAGGGCCAGGAUCACCUUGAGUCCCCUCCACCUGAUGCUAGUUCAGGGCAACUGGGGCCAGCCCACGGGACACAGCCUGAAGUAGAGACAGUGGGAGCAUGCUCCAGGCAGGAGCUUCCCCUGCCCCCUAGGGCCCGACAGCCUGAGCUAGAUUUCUACUGUGUAAAGUGGAUCCCCUGGAAGGGAGAACGGACACCCAUCAUCACCCAGAGCACUAAUGGCCCUUGUCCUCUCCUUGCCAUCAUGAACAUCCUCUUUCUUCAGUGGAAGGUGAAGCUGCCCCCCCAGAAGGAAGUGAUUACAUCAGAUGAGCUCAUGGCCCAUCUUGGAGACUGCCUCCUGUCCAUCAGGCCUCAGGAGAAGUCAGAGGGACUUCAGCUUAAUUUUCAGCAGAAUGUGGACGACGCGAUGACAGUGUUGCCUAAGCUGGCCACGGGGCUGGAUGUCAAUGUGCGAUUCACAGGGGUCUCUGAUUUUGAGUAUACUCCUGAGUGCAGUAUCUUUGACCUCCUUGGCAUACCUCUGUACCAUGGCUGGCUUGUUGAUCCACAGAGCCCUGAGGCUGUGAGUGCAGUUGGGAAACUGAGUUACAACCAGCUGGUGGAGAAGAUCAUCACCUGCAAGCACUCUAGUGACACCAACCUGGUGACAGAAGGCCUGAUCGCAGAGCAGUUCCUGGAGACCACUGCAGCACAGCUGACCUACCAUGGACUGUGCGAGCUAACAGCAGCUGCCAAGGAGGGUGAACUUAGUGUCUUUUUCCGAAACAACCACUUCAGCACUAUGACUAAGCACAAGAGUCACUUGUACCUACUGGUCACUGACCAGGGAUUUCUGCAGGAAGAGCAAGUGGUGUGGGAGAGCCUGCACAAUGUGGAUGGUGACAGCUGCUUCUGCGACUCUGACUUCCACCUGAGCCAUUCCCUGGGCAAAGGGCCCGGAGCAGGAGGGGGCAGUGGCUCCCCCAAAGAGCUGCGGCAGGUAGACCAGGACUACCUGAUUGCCUUGUCCCUCCAGCAACAGCCACAGGGCACGUUGGGUCUCAGUGACUUGGAGCUGGCCCAGCGGCUUCAGCAAGAGGAGUACCAGCAGCAACAAGCAGUCCAGCCUGCACCAGUGCGGGCCUCACCACAGGCUGAUGCGUGACCCAUUGUUAAAUCCCAUACAGGGGAGAGGAGCCGCAUCUGGACGUCCAGUCGGGGAGCGUCGUCAGAGGCCGAAACAAGAGUCAGAUUGUGUCCUCCUGUAGCUUGGCCCGAUGCUGGGGCUGCCCUGCCUCUUCUUUCAGAGGUGACAGCUCUUCUGCUUUCUCCCCCAGCUCAAGCCCUGAGAUAUGCAGGGUAACGCAUUUAUAGACUGUUGGGGAUCAGAGCGGGCAGUAAAUGCCAAGGUCAGACUCAGUAAUAUCCUGCCCUCAUGUGCUGCCACCUUCUCUGCCUCCCGGUCAUCCAGGGCAACAUUGGGGUUGAUGGGGUGAGGAUUUCUAGUUCCCAGCUCCUGUUCCCCAGUACAGUCACACUAAUAUACAGACUCAGGCUCCAGGGUGAGGUCCCUGUCUAGAAUGCAUCUUCCCUGCUUCUACCCCUGACUGGCUGGGUCAUUGGUGAUCCUGCUGGCCUGUCUCCCGAUUGUUUCAGGGUUUGAUAUGGGUUUCUAUAUCCAUUAUUUGUAAUGCUUUCCUAGGGGUUUGGAAAUAAAACUUCUUUCUUGAGAUCUGUUGUUUGCAUUCCCCUGCAACAGUGGGGUUAAGUAUUUGACCCAAAUAAGGAAUGCAAAAAGAUGGGGGAGGUUAUAGAGGCCCUGAGGGUUGCUUUGCUUGUCAUUUCUAAUAGGGCCAGCAGGGGGAACCAAAGCCUGCUCCUCCCCACCCCCAAGUCCCUGCUUUGGAAGAUGCAAUUUGGGGGUUGUAUUUAUUUAUUUGAGAGAGAGAUCAUGAGCAGGAGGGGAGAUAGAGGGAGAGGCAGAUUCCCACCAGGAACGUGACUCAGGACUCCAUCCCAGGACCCUGGGAUCAUGACCUGAGCCAAAGGCAGACACUUAACCAACUGAGCCAUCCAGGCCCCCUUUGCUACCUCUAUUUCUGACCUCAUAGGGCUCCUGUUUCUCACUUACUUUGCCCGGAAAUUUCCUGGGGAAGAGAGAAUAAUGGCGGGGGUGGGGGAGUUGGACUUCAAGGUGAGGGGCUUGUUGCAGCACUAGAGCCUGUUGAAUAUCCAAGCGCACAUCAAAGGCACCUCCAACUUUAAGGCCUCCUCCCAGCCCAUGUCCUGCUCCACCCAAACUUCAAUCAGGGAACACAAACAACAGUGAAGUUUGCCAAAAGAAUUCAAGAAUCAGUGAGAUGGUCUGGCCAGGGUAUGGGAAGGAUGAGUAGGGCAGAAACCAUCCAAGCGCUGCCUAUACCCAAGACAGAGAUUGGGGACGCAGGUGCAGGCAUCACUUUGAGAUGAGGAAAUUAAGGGAUUCAAAAGAAACUUCAAAUUCUACUCUCAACAAGAAGCUGGAGCAUGUGAUACUCAAUGAAGCGUUAUCCUAUUUGGAGGCCCAGCUGGUAUAUGCUUGGCCACACAUGGGGAUCUCAGAUCCUUGAAUGUCAUGGUGUUCCAGGGAGGCCUCAAAUGUCUUCACCUCUGCAUAGGGCUAGUAGGGCUGACCGGCAGUCCCCUUUCACUGCAUCCUGCAGACAGGAGAGUCCAAUGUUAGACCCCACUGACACCAUGGCCCAAGUAUUGUUUCCUCCCUUGUGCUGGUCCAGAACUGUCUGAUGUCAAGAGCUGUGUACUAAAUUAACCAAAAACUCAUGAGUUCUCCAGAGCAUGAACAUGUUUGGUGGUGUGCAGGGAGGGCAGAGUGGAGGGGAGAGGUGAAGCUCUGGGGCUCCAGGUUAAGAAGUAGCUAAGUCUCACCUGGAGAGAAGAGUAGAGGGACUUGCCAAAUUUCUUUUUGAACUCAGCUCGGAUGCUUAGAAGGUCAGUCUCACUUCGAGAGAUAAGGAUGCGCAUCAGGACUUGGUAAUUGGGUUUGAUGUCCUGGAAGAUGGAGAAACAGAAUGGGGGGAGGGUGGUGGCAAGAUUCUCACAGAGUAGAGACUGGACAGGAUGGUAAAUUACUCUAGAAAGGGGAAGCGCGGGACGCCUGGGUGGCUCAGCAGCUGAGCGUCUGCCUUUGGCUCAGGGUGUGAUCCUGCAGUCCCGGAUCGAGUCCCGCAUUGGGCUCCCUGCGAGGAGCCUGUUUGUCACUCUGCCUGUGUCUCUGCCUCUCUCUCUCUCUGUGUCUCUCAUGACUAAAUAAAUAAAAUCUUCAAAAAAAAAAAAAAUAGAAAGGGGAAGUGAGGUGUGAGUUCAGGGAAAAGAGAAGAGUACAUUAUCUAAGAGCAAAGUUUAUCUUUGUCCACCCUCAUGGAAGGUAUGCAGCAGGAAAGAUCAGUCUCUGUGGGAGUGGCUGGGGUAGUUCUCUUUCUGGCCAUGUCACUAGCUUAGAGCCUCAUUCCUCAAGAUCUCAGUGGUGGGCAGCUCCCAAGGCAGUUACUCAAAAAAAGAUGGGAAAGACUUGCUGCCCAUAAAGAGUUCCAGCAUGAAAGCCAGGAAGUUUUUAACUUCCAGGGUAGUGAGUGUCCAAAGAGGAUAUACCAGCCUAUCCCCAAAAUGAGUUGUUGGGGCUCUAAUAGGCAGGAGGGUCAUGUGACUUCCUGAUAGGCAGGAGGGUCAUGUGAGCAGACGCUCAGGAGGGUCUGAGCCUGACCUACCAGGGCCACCUCACAUCCCCAUCUAUAUACAUCAGUUUCUCCUGUUUGGAUUCCUGGGGUUCAGCAUCACUUGUCGCACCAAGCCUCCUGCCUUUUGGUUAAAGAAGGUAGUGGAGGGUUCAGUUUCAAAAAUAAAGGUACAAUACGUGAAUUAUAAUUAUAAAUCAUGAAUCAUAAUUGAUUGUAUGAAGUCAUUAGUUACAACUGAUUAUAAUAAAUGUGUUAUCAGGAGAGAUUUCUAAAUAAAAACUUUGGUUGCAAAA